UACAUGCAACACUCUGAAUAGCUUACUGUCUGUAGCCUGCUGCUGUUUAGAAGUACGAAAAGCUUUUGUUAGUCUUCUCAUACACUGCACUAAAGCCUUUGUGCAAGUGAGUGCAAUGCAGGGGCUUCAGUUUCUGGGUCUUUUUCUUCUGUCAGACCUGUUGGGGGAGAUCGUGCUUUCUAAGUAAGCUGGAAGUCACUGGCUCAUCUUCAUUUCUUCCUGAAUUACCCCGCCAGUUGCAAGGAUUUUAUUUAUUUAUUUAUUCAUUUUUGUUUAUUUAUCCUUCUCUCCGGAAGCAGCUGCCUCCCUUUUGCUUUGUAUUACUUACAAGCAGUUGUAAGAAUUGAACCUUGUAUUUCCUCCUGUUUCCACCUCCCCCUCCCCCCUCCCCCAACUAAGUCCUUAAUUCUCCUACCCCCUGAAGUUUGAACUAGGAAGGAUGCUGCCAAGGAAUCUGAAGUCUGGUAUUAAGUGGAGAUCUUAGAAAAUAGUCAAGGAAGGAAGAUACUGACUGGAUCUGUUGGCUUUAAGCUUCAGUACACUUAAUCAUACUGGUGCUCUUGGAACAGGGAAAUUCAGCCUUAAGCAAUGGAUGCAAGCAAGAUGACUGUUAGCAUUAACAAGGCCAUCAAUACACAAGAAGUGGCUGUCAAAGAGAAGCAUGCAAGAACGUGCAUCUUAGGAACGCAUCAUGAGAAAGGAGCUCAAACCUUCUGGUUAGUAGUAAAUCGCCUCCCGCUUUCUAGCAAUGCUGUUCUGUGCUGGAAAUUCUGCCAUGUAUACCACAAGCUGCUUCGUGAUGGACAUCCCAGUGUUCUGAGGGAUUCAGUGAGGUUCAAGAAUGAGCUGAGUGACAUGAGUAGAAUGUGGGGUCACCUCAGUGAGGGCUAUGGACGGCUAUGCAGUAUCUACCUCAAACUGCUCAUAACAAAAAUGGAAUUCCAUGCCAAAAAUCCGAGGUUUCCUGCAAAUCUGCAAAUGACAGACCGCCAGCUGGAUGAAGCAGGAGAGAACGAUGUAAAUAAUUUUUUCCAAUUAACUGUGGAAAUGUUUGACUACCUGGAGUGUGAAUUAAACCUUUUCCAAGCAGUGUUCAAUUCCCUGGACAUGUCACGUUCUGUGUCAGUAACUGCAACUGGACAGUGCCGCUUAGCCCCAUUGAUUCAAGUUAUUCUGGAUAGCAGCCAUUUGUAUGACUACACUGUAAAACUUCUAUUCAAGCUACAUUCUUGCCUCCCAGCUGAUACAUUGCAGGGUCACAGGGACAGGUUCCUGGAACAAUUCAAAAAAUUAAAGGACCUGUUUUAUAGAUCGAGUAACUUACAGUACUUCAAACGGCUGAUUCAAAUCCCCCAGUUGCCUGAGGGUCCACCUAACUUUUUACGGGCCUCUGCAUUGUCAGAACACAUUAGUCCUGUGGUAGUCAUCCCUGUAGAAUCUUCCUCUCCUGACAGUGAACCUAUAGUUGAAACCGAUGACCUUGUGGAUACAGAGAGUGGUACACAGCAGACUAUGUUUGACAGCAAGUUUGAUGACAUUUUUGGCAACUCUGCAAGCACUGACCAGUUUAGUUUCAAUGCCCAGAACGGGAUGCACCGGGAUGACAGGGACAGACAAAUUGAGCAGCUGUACAGAGAGAUUGCUACUCUGAAAGAGGAGCUGGAAAGUCUCAGAACUGAGAGCGAACGAACAAAAAGGCAGCUGAAAGAUCGAAUAAGUGAGCUGGAAGCAGAACUGGCAGAGCAGACCCAUCUGAAACAGCAAGCACAAGAUGAGAAAGAAUUCUUGAGAGUGGAGCUUGAUGAGUUAAGGAAACAGUGGGAGGACACAGAAAAAGCACAAAGAACUCUUACAGAAAUUGAGAGAAAAGCGCAAGCAAAUGAGCAGCGGUACACAAAGUUAAAGGAAAAAUACACUGAGUUGGUCCAAAGUCAUGCUGACUUAUUACGUAAGAAUGCAGAAGUCACAAAGCAGGUUACUAUAGCAAGACAAGCCCAGGGGGAUGCAGAGCAACUGAAGAAGGAGAAUGAAGAUCGCCUCCUGCGGGUACAAACACAGAUGCAAGAGGCUAUUCAGUCAAAAAAUGACACAGUAGAAACCUUGCAGAAACAAUUAGCAAGCAGUAAGCAGGAACUGGAAACUCUGAAAAAUGUCAUGCACACCACUGAAGAGACAAGUAAAGAGGUUGAAUCCAGAAUGGUGUCCAUAGAGCAGGAGAAGAGCAGCUUAUCUGAGAUAGUAGCACACCGAGAGGCUGAGGCAGUAACCUUGCAGACAGAGCUUGAGAAGCUGCAGACUGCCCUUGCUUCUGAGAAGGAAAAUGGUGCCAAAAUGAUAGAGACACUGCAGAACAAACUGAAUGAGAAGGAGAGCCAUGAACAAAACCUGCAGAAGCAGCUGCUGGACAGAGAGUUUCUGCUGUUGAGAAGUACAAUAGAAGAAGCAGAGCUGAUCAUCCAAGAUGCUCUGAAUCACUUGGAUGACCCCACCCACAUCAGCUGCACCAGCUCUGCAGAUUAUCUCGUAUCGAGAAGCCAGUCUACACUUGAGUGCCUUAAUAGGCUGGAAGAAGGUCGCAGCAAGUAUCUUUCUGACAGAUCAGAUGUGAGUUACCUGCUGCGCUCUGUUACACAUUUUGCUCACUUAGCUGGUGAUACCAUUGUGCAAGGCAGUGCUACCUCCCAUAUGGCACCCAUGGAACAAGCCGAUUGUUUAUCUGAAGCCUGUAGGUUGUGUGGAGGAAAUGCUCUUACAUAUUUUACCUCUCUCAAAGAGGAAAACAGCAUGAGAGAGGUAGAUAGCACAGCAUUACGAGAGAGUAUAAGCCAGAUAACUACUUUUGCUGAGGAGUUAAGGCCUAAGGGCCUGGACCUAAAACAGGAAGAGCUUGGAGACCUAGUAGAGCAGGAGAUGACUGCUACUUCAGCUGCCGUGGAAGCUGCAGCAUCAAGGAUAGAGGACAUGCUGAACAAAUCUCGGGCUGGAGACACUGGUGUCAAACUGGAGGUUAAUGAGAGGAUCCUGGCCUCGUGUACGGAUUUGAUGCAAGCAAUCAAAGUGUUGAUACUAACAUCCAAAGACCUUCAGCAAGAAAUUGUAGAGAGUGGAAGGGGGGCAGCAUCGCACAAGGAGUUCUAUGCAAAAAACUCAAGGUGGACUGAAGGUCUGAUCUCUGCAUCAAAAGCUGUUGGUUGGGGUGCAACUGUAAUGGUUGAUGCUGCAGACAGUGUGGUCCAAGGAACAGGCAAGUUUGAAGAGCUGAUGGUAUGUUCCCAUGAGAUUGCAGCUAGUACAGCACAGUUAGUAGCUGCUUCAAAGGUGAAAGCAGUUAAGAACAGUACCAAUCUGGCAAAGCUUCAGCAGGCCUCCCGGAAUGUAAAUCAGGCUACUGCUAGUGUAGUGGCUUCCACAAAGUCUGGAAAAUCCCAAAUUGAGGAAAAAGAUACGAUGGAUUUCUCAAGUAUGACACUAACUCAGAUCAAGAGACAAGAAAUGGAUUCACAGGUAAGAGUUUUGGAACUGGAAAAUGAUCUACAGAAAGAACGGCAAAAGCUUGGAGACCUACGAAAGAAGCACUAUGAGCUGGCGGGUGUAGCUGAAGGCUGGGAUGAUGGUGCAGAUUAAAGUUUCCAUGCAUUAGAUGCAAAAGGCUUUCUCAGGAUUAUGGAAAUGAAACAUCUAGCCAAGCCCUUCUAAAAUAAAACUAUAAUCGGUGCAAAAACUGAAGUAUGCAUAACAGGAAUUAUAGACCCACAUUAAUCUCAAGAUAAAUACAUCAACUUGCAGCAGUAUUAGUCAUCAAAACCAUAAGAAGAGAAGGGGUAUGGUCUUCCCCAAGGGGAUCACUGGCUUUUCAGAGUAGAGGACACUUUAACUAUGACUUCUCCACAUUUCACUUGAGACACUUAAAGCUGUGCUCACUUAUUUAUUAUAUUAUAUAAAUGUGUCUGUUAAAUAUUUGUUUCUUUUUCACAAUUUGCAUACGCAUCACCUACGUAAGUGAUAAAUUUUUAGCACCACAAGAAUCGGAGUUGGGAAUUUACUUGAGUAAACUGUUUUUCCUCAGGACGUAAAACCAUUAUAAUUUAAAUGAACCAGAAUAGUUUUUUUCUGUUUUUCCAAAGCUUUGAAAUACCUAUCAGCUUAUCCCUUGUUUGUUUAUCAGAGGAUAUCAAGCCAAAUAUCCAAACCAAAUCUUACUUUGUAGUGCCACUACCAGAUUUCUAGUGCCAGCCGUAUUGUAAAGCUGACAUAAAUUCAUUUUUAUUAAAUACUACCCUUUUGCUGUCAUUUGAACUUGGCAUUACAAUGAUUGGUUUAAAUUAUAAUCAGAAUGGUGGGGAGCAGAGCUGUGGUAGGGUACCUGCAUUAACCUGUUUUCCUGUUUCUGCCUUCACUUGCUGAUCAAACUGUAGCUCCUUACAACAGCUCCUGUAUCUGGAACCAAGGAUUAUUUCAUAGUUGGUACAGAGAACAAUGAACCAGUCACAUUUGCUAUCUCAGUGCGGAAAGCAUUAGUCUCUACUCCUGUAGCAUUUCUACAUUAGUGACUAUUCCUCAAAGAUCCAGAUACUUGUGUUUACUGGUAUUGGUAGUACUAUCAUUGUUGGAGUUCAGCCUUGAUUUUGCUGUUAAAUAUGAGCUCACCUCUCAGUAGCAUACUUAAGUGACAAGUUGAAUUCUGCUAUAGGCACCUUAUAUUGCACUGCAGACAGUGUUUAGGGACCAGGCAGGAUGGUUGAUACCUUAUGGCUUAAGUACAGCACCCAACUUGGGUGGAACACAGCAGUAUAAAUCUCUGCCAACAACUCAGGGUACUGUACAAGCUGCUAACUACAUUUAUCCAAACAAUGUAGGAAGUCUUGGUGCUUUAAUAAAUUUGUGUUAAGUAACUCUUUCUUCUCCUAUGGUUUGCUGGCACUGCACAAAAAUGAAAAAUAACAGUUUGAAGGGGAAUUGUAAGUUCAGUGUGCCACUGUUAACUUAUGAGUCAAAGGUAUUGCCUGUUAAGAACAGCUGGAUAAAUAUAUGCACAUCAUUGUUCUUUGUAGGGACUAAAGAGUGAUGCAAAAUGCAUUUGGAUUAUUUCUGGUGGUGUGCAUGUACAUACUCAACAAGGCUGAUUAAAGACUUUAUUGGUUGCCCAUCUUCAAACUGACACAGUGAGUUAUUCACAGCUUGUAGUAGCAGAGUAGCAGUACCUUGCAUGAGGUACAAAAUUUCUUUCCAUAUCAUCUACUUAUGUGCUUGACUCCAUGAGAUAAAGUUCUGGUAUGAACUGUCUUUGGAGAACCAAGUUAGCCAUACUAAUUAUAAUGAGACCUAUAGCCUCACUGUGAUGUCUUUUUUUCAGAGCCAAUAUUUGCCCUCCAUAUCAAGUUCUGACUUCCUCAUUUCUGCUGUAUAGAACAGAACAAAUAAUUCUUCCUGGUGCAUUGACUACCAUUAUGUUCUGCAGGAACCAGAACUGGUGUGAUGUUAUGUAGCAUAGCACCCAGAAUAUCCUCCGGAUCUUUGUAAACUCUUAUCACAUUUUUUGCUUGUUGUAAGUGAAUGCAAAUGUUAUGUAAUGUCCAAUUUUGUCAGUAACUUAUAUUUAUCCACAAAGAAAACUAGUACAUUUUAUGUGAACUGGAACCAAAAGGGUCUUCAGUGGGCCCUCUUGAUGGUUUCCAAAUCUUUUCCAUAGUUGGCUUGCUCCAGUAUCUUUCUGUCUGAUUUUUGUGGAAGGAGGUGUACAACAACAGGAAUCUGGCCCAGCACCACUCUUCUUUUCUGUUUGAAGGGUAUUGCCCUCCAUAUUUUUUCUGUUUGUUAAUGUUUUUGUUCCUUUUCUUUUUGCAGUAUUAUUGCUAUGUUGUACUUCAUAAUAUUUCUUUCUUGUCUUUAGUAGUAGUUUUAUGUGCUCCUUUGUUCAUACUUGUGUUUCUAAUUAAAGAUAGCCGCACAGGAUGAGGACUGAACCUCUCUAGAUUGUUUGAGACCUACUUAUUUUGAGUAUUUUCUUCAGAAUUUGCACCUUCCACUGUUGGUGUAUUGAGAUGAACCCUGCACAAAACAGACCCUAUUUAGCUUGUUAAUUUUGAUAACUUAUUUUUGGACCCACAUCCUCCAAACCACUUCUGUUGUGACCCUGUCUACAAGUGAGUAUUACAUAAUGCUCUACUGCCUAAGUGAUCAUUCCUUGAAUAAGGCAUCCAAAGUUGUAUCUUUUGGAAGAUGGAUCAACAAAACAUUCCAUCUUAACCUGUACAUUUUCAUCUGCAAUACAUACUUAGCCAGAUAUUAUGGACUGCUUUAGGGAAUGCAGAUAGUAUGGGUUCCAGCUGCCUGAUUAUAGGGUAAGGGCACUUUUUUACAUUAUGAUGACUGCUCCGCAGUUUAUACACAGCCUCUUAGACUAUGUUUGACUUUGUGGAUAUAUAUACGUGCUGCAAAGGUGAUAUACUGACAGGUUGGUUGUGUGUUUCAGGUCUGAUUUAUUUCUUAAUAAUUUUGUAUUAAGCUGAUGUCCAGUAGUAAAUCAGAUGGAUGCGUUUUUGUUUGUUUAAAAAAAAAAAAUACAUAGACUCUGGAAAACAGAUUCCUCUUAAGGGCUUUCACUUCUGCUAUCUUUUUUGCCUUGAUCUGGAGCACUACAUGGAUACCUGUCCACACUGUACCAGGUUCAGUCUGAGGACAAUUAAAAAGAUACCACAGAAUCUCCAAGUUUGCAACUCCUUAAGAAGUUGCAUAUUUGGUCUCAAACCCCUAUGGCAUCAGCCAAGGCCUCUGGAAACCUGCUUCUGAAAUGAAAAUGCUCACAGAAAUGACAUAAGGAGAAGCAUCAGGAAAUCAAGGACGGCUUGACUGAAGCACAAAGUGUCCCUUGCUCCAGUUUUGCAGCCCCCAGCUUCAAAGUCUAUUUUGUCGAAGGCCUGUAGUGUGCUAACUUUGUAGGACACCACCUUUUCAGCUACUACCAUGUUCUCUCAGACUGAAACCAUUGAUGCAUUGGACAGCUCUGAGACCUAUCUGAGGGCCCCAGCUCCCAUCACCUGGUUUGCUGUUAAUGAAGGGGAGGUCAGUUUCCCUCCAUCUAAGUUCAUGGGGAGGUUCCUGGAAGCCAUCUGCAGACUUUGGUCACCUACCUGUGGACUGAGGUCUCAUUGGCAGUCCCUUUGGUACCUUUCCAGGAAACAAAACCUAAAUACAGCUCAGGCAUUGCUGGUACUAAAUUAUCUGUCAGAGCUUAAGAAAACUGGUCUAAAUUCUGCCUCCAAAAAGAUUCAUGUAUGUGCUAUCUCAGCUUGCCUGCCAUUUGACCUGACUUUUUAUUCUCGACUACCAUUGAAACAUUUCCUUAAAAUGGACAUUAUCCCUCAGACCAUUUAAGAGAAUUAGUACUCCACCAUGGGACCUCAUUAUGUGCUAGAGAAGAUAGCCCUAGCUGGUUUUGAAAGACAUGCUUCUACCCCACCCACUCAGUUGCCUCUCUUGGAAGAGACUAUUUUUGGUGGCUGUGACAUCUGCCAAGAAAAUCUCAGAAUUACAAGAUUUGUAUUAAACCAUUCUUAAUAUUCCACAAUGACAGGUGUCUCUUCACAUUAUCCUCAUAUUCAUGCCAAAAGUAGUGACUGCAAGUUCUCUGAGUCAGUCCCUUCAACUCAUUGUAUUUUUCCUAACCCCAAAGCAAGAGAGUGGAUAUUGAUUUCUCUGGAUGUUCAUGUCCAAAUAAAAUUAAAGUUGUCUAAGACAAAAAGGUUUAAGAAAAUCAAAACAAAGCUGUGUCCUUUGCAAAAGAAAAGGAGGGGAAACCUCUGCAUACAUUGAUACUUUCUAAGUUGCUUUCCCACUGCAUUUAAUAUUGUCAGUCUGCUCAUGUAAGCCAAUAUCAUGACGUAUUAAAACACAUUACAGUACAGCCGCUACAGCAUUCCUCAGAGUAGUAAGUCAGAGGGGUAAAUAAAUCCAUCUGGGAAGCAGCCAGUUGGUCUUAAAGGCACACCUUUUCUAAACAUUAUAGUCUGGUGGUUGCAUACAGAGCUAGGAUAGAGUUUGUGUCUUCAGCCUUGCAGGGUCUGUUCUCCUGUGGAACACUAUUACAGCCAUCCAUCCACUGGUUCAGUCCUCUGAGAGUCAUUUCAUUGAUGUGCGCUGCAACAGUGGAUAGUAUGAUCAGCACUACAACAUUUGUGAUAGAAACGCACCAUAAUUGUAUAUGUUUAAGUACACUCAUUGUUGCAGUGCAUGUUCCCUCCCACCAUCCCCUCUUCUACACAAUUUGGUGUCCUGGGUUAGGACAGGUACCCUUUUUCUAUCCCUCCAAUCUUCUCACCAGACCUUCCUUCCUCCUAAAUCUUGUUUUCCUAGAAAGAGAAAUUGAGGCUUAAUGGAUGGUGGUUCUUGUCUGAGGAGGUAUGCACUCAUCCAGGUCCACUAGUACUCUGAUGUCAGGGACAGGGUCCUGGAGCACCUGUACCAAGAAAUACCUGAAGAUAGCAUCAGCAGAUGUUGGCCUUAUACCACCAAACAUCCGGAUGUCCAAUUGGAAAGAAAUCUGCAGAAGCCACUGGAGGAAAGUAAAGUUCUGAAAGUGUAGUCACCCAUCAGGUUGCUUGCUGACAGGAUAUCCCACUGGUGAAGACUGCAACAGUGAAUAUAUUCAAACAUCCACACUUACGGUUGCAGACGUCUUCUGUAAAUCAUGGAGAAAAAGACGAGACUAAAUUGAGAAAACUAAGGAAAAACCUUUGGAUAUCUUUGACAGCACAUCUGGUGUUGGGAAGAGUGGAUAGGUGGAGAUUUUAAUGAUUAUUCUGCAUAAAGCUCUAGGGUUUCAUUAAGUUCUUUCAUAACUAAAUUGUUUGUAGCUGGCUGCACUGCAGACAGUCGCCUCCACCCACUGAAUCUGAUAACUUUCUUUUUUUGGGGGGGGUACCUGAAACUACAUUUUCAAGGUAUAAUCUGCAAGCCUAUAACUUGGUAGCUUAAAGAUAUUUAGUAUUUGAGGUAAUAUAAACAUAAUAUGAGUUCCCUGUUGAAAUGUCAGCACUCAAAAUGCCAAGUGCUGAUUUAAAAAAAAAAAAAGACUGAAAACCUGGAAAAGAGUGAAUCUUGAAAAUCGCUUUUCUCCUUAAAACUUCUUUUUUGCAGGGAGGCAAAUCCCUUAUACCCACCAAUAAUAUAUGCCAAGUCCAAGAUUGCUAUACAACGGAGAAAAGGGAGUAUUCUGAGAAAUGACAUAUUGGACUUGGGUUUUGUAAGUCCGUUCUUUAAGCCAUUCAUUCUACUUAUUGGUCUCAGCAUUUCAGAUGGUUACCCAUUAUAUGUCCUCAAAGUUUAAAAAGGCCUUUAUUUGAAUCCUGGUGACCAGUGAGUUACAACAUAAAUGAGCAAGAAUAAAUAUAUUAGCAUGACAGUGGAGUAGAAUGUCAAGAUUUAGGUCCAUGAAAAUUGUGGAAUUUCAGAAAUUCUAUUGCUGUCUCUUAGAGACUGAAUUCACAGAGUUAAUAUUUUAAUUAAAUUAUUUAGUUUAACUUUCUUUAACUGCAGUCAUGAUCACUGAUUCCAUGUAUUCAGUUUCUGAAAACCGCAUAAAAAGUCAUGCUGUGUUUUGUUGUACAGAUUAGCUAGCAAUGCUUUUUAGACUGUAGUCUAAUUAAAAACAUCCAUGAAGAAUUUAAAAACAUCCAUGAAGAAUUUCUGGAAUUUUUUGUUAAUGGCACUGUACAGUUUACUUCAUGGUAGGCUUAUGUUUUCACAACUCAGAAAUGUUAAGAAUUCAGAUCUUGAGUUUCAUUUCCAUUUUUUAAGGAAAACCAAAUGUUUGAAUAUGUCAUACAACCAGAGAAACUUAACUGGCUAAUAACUGUUUGACAAUGCAUUACAUGGUUCCAUGAUGCUCUAUGUUAACUCAGAAUUUUCAUUACCUAAAACUAAAAAGUGGUGAAAAUCAAUGUUUAAGAUUUUCUCAUAACAGUAAGUUGUCUAACUCAGAGUAAUUCUUAAAAACUUAAGGGGGAAUUACAGGCACACACAUCUGGUAAAAAAUAGAUAACUUAUCAAUUGUUUACUUGUCCCAUUCUUCAAACAAAAUUUUUAUUAUGAAUACAAAAGCUUGUUCUUUAUAUAAUAUGUUGAAAGGUGUGGUUUCAAUUUUUAAUUAAACAUUUCAAAUAUAAA